AUGGCCUUAACCUUACUUUUACAAUUAAACUUUUACAAUUACACUUUUUGUAAACCACCUGUUUUGCUGAUAAAAGUGUCAGCUCAAGAACAAGGGUUAACCUGUAGUGUUGACAAACGUGACCUCAGUCUGUAUGUAGAGGAGAACACUAAAGAACGACAGAUCAAACAACUCGUUGCUGCUAUCUUAAGUUGUGACAAGCGUGAGGGGGUCAAAGAAAAAGGCGCAAUAGAGACAUUAUACAAUAUAUUUUUAUCUAGAGGUUAUAUACAUCCAAUACCUAAUGGAGAGUGCUUUUUAAAAAUUAAUAAUGCAUUAUUUAUGGAAGCAUUAUUAAUGACAAAAUUACUCAAAGUGUUUACGACAAGAAUCUCUCGCUUUAGCCUUCUGCUGUUCGUUAAAGUAGAGAUUGUCAUUUGGUUGAUGUCUUUUCUAUAUAAUAUGGCAGAGUCUCUAGAAAUGACAAGUCGUUAUUUUAACUUUCAAACGAGGAUAAUUCUAGAUACACAUGGAUUUGAAGUCUGA